AUGUCAGCAGACGUGAUCUUCGACAUCGUCUCGGCCACCAUAUGCGCCAUUCUCAUCCUCGUCCGCUGUGGAUACCGCCUGUUCUGGCGAUGCCGAGCCCACGAGACCUGCCACCGGACAUGGCACGCCGAUGAUGCCUAUAUGGCCUUCGCCCUCGUCCCGCUCAUCGGCCGCACGACCUGCAUCUCGGUUUCCUUCUACCUCAACCCGACGCACACCUACGCCCAUGCCGCCGAAGAGGCCGCCGCCGCGCGCGGCAUCACUGUCGAGAGCCUCCAGGAGUACUACAUCAUCUCACACAAAUUGCUCAUCCCGGCGCGGAUAUUCUAUGCGUUGUUGUACGUUGCCUCCUACAUCUUGCGCUGA